GAUGUUUUUAUAUUAUAUCAGGUAUUUUAAAUUUGAAUUUGACAUAGUUGGGUUAAAAAUCGUGUUUGCAGAAGAUUUAACAAAAUGCAACAGCAUAUUCACAAUUACAACAGCAAACGUUUUCUUCGAAAAACUAAUCUCUUAAUGAGAGCACAAUUGAGUAGGAGAAAUCACGUGACUACCAGACAAUUUAUGGAAAUUUAUCAGAAAUUUAAACAGUGAUAUGUUAUAUUUUCCUAUAAUAUAAUUUAAAAAAUUGAACAAUCCUUAUUUUUAUAUUGUAAAAUUGCAAAUAUGAUUUACAUAUAAAAAAAUGUAAACAUUUAUGACUUGAAGAUUUAACCGAUAAAACGUGGUCAAAUUGAGUUGCGUUUAAAGCUCGACGCGCAUAAGCCAUAAAAGCCGGCGACGAAAGUGGCAUGCAAUGAAAUCAUACUUUUAACAUUAAACGUUGACGAAAGAAAAUCAUAUUUUUUCGUGACUUUUCAGUAAAAAAAUCAUUCAUUAAGUAAAAGAUGAAACUUCUAACACAUAAUAUGUUGACUUCAAAAUGUCUUAAAGGUGUAACUGUCGGAUAUCCCUUAGAAAUUGUUGCAAAAGAUAUCAAAGUUUCAGAAGUGGACUUUAAUUCAGAAUUUAUUGCAAGAAUAAUUCCAAAACUUGACUGGGCUACACUAUGGAAAGCAGCAGAAAGUAUAGGUCACGUUGGAGAGUUACCACAAACUUUGAUUCAAGACUUUGAAACAAAUGAAGACUUUUUGAAGAAGGUUCACCAUGUAUUACUUGAAGUUGAAGUUAUUAACGGAGAUCUAUUAUGCCCGGAAUCUGGUAGGAAGUUUCCUAUUAACGAUGGUAUACCAAAUAUGCUCUUAAACGAAGAUGAAGUUUAAGCAUUCGAAAUAAACAUAAAUAUUAACAUACAUUGUUUUUCUAUGAUUAGUAGAUGUUUAGAUGUAUAUAAGAAUUUUAUUUACAGUUUAUAGUUUUAUUAUUUAAUGCAAAUAAAAAUUAAUAGUGUUUAAAAAUAUACAAUCGAAUGAAUAUAAUAAAAGAUAUUAAAUUUAUUAAAUAAAUGAAAUAUACAUCUUUAAUACUAAAGAUUAUUUAUGAGGUAUACAUUAUACGUUAAUGUUGUAUAAUUUACAGAAUUACAUAACGUGUAUUGCAUAAUAUCUGUGAAGAAUCUUAUACUAUAUCUAUUGAAUUUCAAUAAUAAAUUAUUGCACACAAAAAAUGGUUAUGGAUGUCUUUAUUGUACAGAUAUGUGUAAAUACAAUGAAAUACAAUUUUUGUAUCACUGUCAUAUUUAGUAUACACCAUUUGCAUUUACAUCGUGUUUAUACUGCUAAUUGUGGAUUGUUCCAAUUCAUUUUUAAGUAUAUCCAUUAUUUAAUUUAAGCAAUUCUGAAUGUUAUAAGUGUUUGACCUAAAAAUAUACCCUAGAGUCAGGGUAAAUACAGACUUUCCGACAAUAUUACCAUGACCAUAUAAAAUAAGAAAUAAUUAGUAAAAUAUCUAAAUAUAUAGAUUUCCUUUUAUAUAUUUAUAUUGCGUAAAAUCUGUUAAAAAUAGUUGUAUUUCUGUAAAUAAAAUAAUGUGUAUGUGAGAGAAAUUGCUUGGAACUUGAAAUCUUAAUUAUGAAAUAGGGUAACAUCGUUAAUAUUUAACAUUAUUAUUUGAAUAUACAAUGAAAUAUCUUAUGUUACUAAUAUAACAGAAAAUCCAUUUUGGAUCAACAAAUUUUGUAUGGUAAAAUACAUUUAUUAUUUUAAUGGCAGCAAAAUUUUACUAACAUUCAUUAGACACAACCUUCUAUAUCAUCUAAUUAAUUUUUUAUAUGAUAUGAAAAGAAUGGUGACAAAAUUUUUCUUCUUAUUAUAUCAUUGUAAAAUAGUAUUUUAGAAAAAGGCUCUGGAUGGAAGAGUUUCAAUAGAAACAAAUUUGGCAAAUUUAUAUAUUGACUAUUUGUCACUCCAUAGCAAUACAUCCCAUAGACAAAUUUUAAACCAUUGUAUAUUUAAACAAUUGAGAGAAUGUUUUACAUUGGAAUACUAAAUUACAGUGAUAAUCUAAUCGAAGUAUUCAUUCAUUCCAUUUAAUGUUAACCUUCUGCAUUUAAUACCAGGCAAUACUUAAAAUAUAGUCAAAAUAGAGUAUUUUAUCCCUUCUAGUUUUUUUAAGAAUCCAAAAGCUAUAAAAAUAGCUCUCAACUAAUAUUUCAGCCACAGCCUGUCUGUUAUUAAUUUUUAUUCACAUAUUAGGUUUUUCAAAGGCAGGAUUAUUCUGGAUUAAGCUAUGAAAAUAUUUUUGUACAUUGAUUUAACUAU